AUGCUGGGGGGUAAAAUGACCAGUGUUGGGAAGAAGCUGCUCCGGCGGCGCGUGGUGGACCUGAGCUCUGAGGACACGCGCUUUGCUCGCUGCCUUUCCACGCUGGACCUCAUCGCCCUGGGGGUGGGCAGCACUCUGGGGGCCGGUGUGUAUGUGCUGGCUGGGGAGGUGGCCAAGGAGAUGGCUGGUCCCUCCAUUGUCCUCUGCUUCCUGAUAGCUGCUCUCUCAUCUGUACUGGCUGGGCUCUGCUACGCAGAGUUUGGGGCCCGCGUGCCCAAGACUGGCUCUGCCUACCUCUACAGCUAUGUCACUGUGGGUGAGAUCUGGGCUUUCACAACCGGCUGGAACCUCAUCCUCUCCUAUGUGAUAGGCACAGCCAGCGUGGCUCGAGCCUGGAGUGCGGCAUUUGACAAUAUCAUUGGCAACCACAUCUCUACCUUCUUCAUGAACAAGACCACCCUGCACGUGCCGGGGGUGCUGGCUGAGCGCCCAGACUUCUUUGCCAUCAUCCUGAUUGCACUGCUAACCGCACUGCUGGCCUUUGGUGUCAGCGAAUCUGCCCUUGUCAAUAAGAUCUUCACGGCAGUUAACUUGCUGGUGCUGGGCUUUGUCAUCAUCGCUGGCUUCAUGAAGGGAGAUGUCAAGAACUGGCAGCUCUCAGAGGAAGACUACAUCAACCACUCACACCUUCACCUGCUGGAUGACGUGAGGAAGAAAGCCUUUGGCUCUGGCGGAUUUGUCCCCUUUGGACUGGAAGGGAUCCUGACCGGUGCAGCCACCUGUUUCUAUGCCUUUGUAGGCUUUGACUGCAUUGCCACCACAGGGGAGGAAGCCAGGAACCCACAGCGCUCAAUCCCUGUUGGCAUCAUCGUGUCCCUCCUCAUCUGCUUUGUGGCUUAUUUUGGGGUCUCUGCAGCCCUGACCCUCAUGGUGCCCUACUUCCUCCUGAACAAGGAGAGCCCCCUGCCUGAGGCUUUCAAGGCAGUGGGCUGGGAGCCUGCUCGCUACGCCGUUGCCGUCGGCUCUCUCUGUGCCCUCUCCACCAGCUUGCUGGGCUCCAUGUUCCCCAUGCCCCGUGUGAUCUAUGCCAUGGCAGAGGAUGGGCUGCUCUUCAAGUUCCUCUCCAGCAUCAACAGCCGCACAAAGACCCCUCUGUCAGCCACCAUCACCUCGGGGCUCCUGGCGGCGGUGAUGGCCUUCCUGUUUGACCUGAAGGACCUGGUGGACCUCAUGUCGAUUGGCACACUGCUGGCCUACUCACUGGUGGCAGUGUGUGUGCUCAUUCUCAGGUACCAGUCUGGGCAGCUGAACUCCCCGAAGGCCAUGGAGAUGCUGGAGAUGAACGGGAAUGAGGAGGAGAGGGUGGUCAUGAACCCGUCUGCCAGCACUGCCAGCAGCCAGCAGCAGCAGAUGCUGUCCCUAGUGACACUCUUCAGCCCACCCAUGGACACCCCCUCUGCCCUCUCUGGGAGUGUUGUCUACGCCUGUGUCUCAGCCAUCGCCACGCUGAUCGUGGUCAUCUGUGUGGUCCUCACCCUUAAGGUGAGCGCACUGAAGGAUGCCAACGUGGGCUGGAUUGUGGCCCUGGUACUGCUCCUCAUGGCUCUGCUCAUUCCCAUCAUCAUCAUUUGGAGGCAGCCACAGAGCAACGCACGGCUGAACUUCAAAGUACCUUUCCUCCCACUCCUGCCAGUCCUCAGCAUUUUCGUUAAUGUCCUGCUGAUGGUGCAGCUGAGUGCUGGCACCUGGGUACGGUUUGCCGUCUGGAUGGCUGUGGGUUUUAUAAUUUACUUUGCUUAUGGGAUCCGGAACAGCGUGGAAGGGAGAACCGCAGAGGAGCUCUGUGGCCCAGCAGAAAAGCCUCCACACCACCCUGGACUGGACCUUAGCCCUAGGGCUGCUGCAGUCUGA